AUGAUUCGGACAGGCUUCUCUUAUGCUGCCGCUGCCAUGGUGUUGCAACCGGAAGUCCCACACCAUGUUCUAUUAACCACCACACCAAGUGAGGGUGAAGACAGACCCCCCUCUCCAGCACCCAGUGGUGUAUCCAUGCAGAGUGACCAUUCAAUGGGCCACCCUGCCACCUUUAAUGAUGGAAGAACAUCACAGAGAAGUGAGGGUGAAGACAGACCCCCCUCUCCAGCACCCAGUGGUGUAUCCAUGCAGAGUGACUAUUCAAUGGGCCACCCUGCCACCUUUAAUGAUGGAAGAACAUCACAGAGAAGCACAGAUCAUCUCAACCAAAAACCUGCUAACAAGCUACAGAAGAAGAUCACAGACUUCAUCAGCGUCUUUGAUGAAGUGGAAAAGAAGAUCCUGAGGUUUGUAAAGAAGGAACUGGAAAUGUUUAAAAAUCUUUUGAAAGAAGAAAACACAAACUAUAACGAGGAAAUGAAGGAUGAGAAGAGGUUCAGUCUGAGAGACUCUGCUCUUAAUAUGAUAUUUCAUUUUCUGAAGACGAUGGAACGUGAUGAUAUCGCUGAUGCUCUUCAGACCAAUGUGCUGAUUGGGUUUCAACAGCACAAACUGAAACUGAUACUGAGAAAGAAGUAUCAUUACGCGUGGGAAGGAAUUUCAAAACAAGGAGAGUCCGCCAUUUUAAAUCAGAUUUACACGGAUCUCUACAUCACUGAAGCAACUCAGAUACAGCAGGAGCGACAACUUGAAUGCCAGAACAUGUUUGAACCACUGCCUGGACAAGACAAGGUAAUCAGAACGGUGCUGACACAGGGCGUGGCUGGCAUUGGAAAAUCCAUCUGUGUGCAGAAGUUUGUUCUUGACUGGGCUACAGAUAAAAAAUAUCAGGACAUCAAAUUAUUGUUUCCUCUGCCUUUCAGAGAACUAAACUUGAAGAAAGAAAAGCGCAGCCUGAUGGACAUCAUCUACGAGUUUUUCCCUGAAACUAAAGGACUGAGGUUCACAGACAGGUAUAAAGUCAUGUUCAUCUUUGAUGGACUUGAUGAAUGUCGACUCCCUUUGGCAUUCCAGGAAAAUAAGACACUGACAAAUGCAUCGAUGCCAGCCACACUGGACGUUAUACUAACCAGCCUCAUCAAAGGAGACCUGCUUCCCUCAGCUCUGAUCUGGAUAACCACUCGACCUGCUGCAGCUGCUAGGAUCCCUGCUGAAUGUGUGGAACGGGUGACGGAAAUCCGAGGCUUCAAUGAUCAACAGAAGGAGGAGUACUUCAGAAAAAGAAUCAGUGAUGAGAGCCUCGCCAACAAUAUCAUCAAACACAUUAAAGCAUCUCGGAGUCUCUUCCUCAUGUGCCACAUUCCUGUCUUCUGCUGGAUUUCAGCCUCAGUUCUGGAGAAGAUUUUAAAGGAAACAGAAGAUGAAGAGACACCAAAGACGCUGACUGAGAUGUACACCUAUUUUCUGAUCUUCCAGACCAUCCAGGGGAACCUGAAGUAUACGGGAAAAAACUCCUCAGAUAUUCCAUGGGAUAAAGAGGCCAUACUGGCACUGGGAAAGCUGGCAUUUUAUAACCUGGAAAAAAGCAACCUGAUUUUUUAUGCAGAAGAUCUAGAAGAGUGUGGAAUUGAUGUCAGUAAAAUCUCUGCAUACUCUGGCCUGUGCACUCAGGAAACAAGCAGGUUUCACGACACAGUUUUUAGCUUUGUGCAUCUGAGCAUUCAGGAGUUUAUCGCCUCUUUAUAUGCAUACAUGCGUCUCAUAAAUGAAAAUGUGAAUGUUUUCGACCAAGAGUCGACAUCAGCAGAGAUUCCUGAGGAGAAAACUAUGGAACUGCUCAGGACAGCAGUGGACAAAGCUUUGGAGAGCAAUAGUGGACACCUUGAUCUUUUCCUUCAUUUCCUUCUGGGUCUUACAGUUGACUAUAAUCAAAAACUCAUACGAGGUCUGUUGAAGUCCAGUGGAAGAAGCUCUGACUACCAGAAAGAAAUUGCUCAGUACAUCAAGAUGAAGUUUGAUGAAAACCCAUCUCCAGAGAGAUCCAUCAACCUGUUCUACUGUCUGAAAGAGUUAAACGAUGAUACUUUAGUAAAAGAGAUCCAAAACCACUUAAGAUCGGGUCGUUUGUCUGAAGCUGAACUCUCACCUGCACAGUGGUCUGCUCUGGUCUUUGUGUUGCUGACAUCAGAGGAAGAUCUGGAUGUUUUUGACCUACAGAAGUUCAUAAGAUCAGAUGAAUGCUUUAGGAGGCUGCUGCCAGUCGUCAAGGAGUCCAAAAGAGCUCUACUCAGUAGCUGUAACCUGACAGACAGAAGCUGCUCAGAUUUACUCACGAUUCUUAAUUCUCAAUCCAAACUGACCGAGGUGGAUCUGAGCAACAACGACCUGCAAGAUUCAGGAGUAGAGCUGAUAUCUGCUGGACUGAAGAAUCAGAACUGUAAACUGGAGAUACUGAGCUUGAGGAACUGCAGCAUUACAGAUAAAAGUUGUACUGAUCUGAAAUCAGCUCUUGAUGUAAAUCCAUCACACCUGAAAGAUCUGGAUCUGAGUAACAAUCAUCUAGGAGAUUUAGGAGUGAUUCAGAUCUCUCAUCUACUGAAGAAUCCACAGUUCAAACUCCACAAACUCACAUUAUCAGAUUGUGGUGUAGGAGAGGAAGGUUAUGUUGCUCUGGCUGAAGCUCUGAGAUCAAACCCAUCAUCAGAGCUGAUGGAGCUGGAUCUCAGAGGGAACCAUCCUGGAGAUUCAGGAGUAAAACCGCUCUAUGAGUUACUAGAUAAUCCAGAAUCUAAACUGAACACAUUGAGGUUGUUGGGUGCUGCUGCAGAAGAAGCUUUCAAUGAUCUAAAGAAGGUUGUGAGUAUAAACCUGUUAGUAGAGAGAGAGCUGGAUCUGAGUCAGAAGAUACAUGGAGAUUCAGGAGUGAAGAAGCUCUCAGAGCUACUGAACGAUCCACACUGCAGACCCACCACACUCAGGUUGUGUGGGUGCAGCUUAACAGAGAACGACUGCACUACUCUGGUUUCAGCUCUCAGUAUAAACCCAUCACACCUGACUGAUCUGGAUCUGAGUAAAAAUCCCAUAGGAAACUCAGGAGUGAAGGAGCUCGUUCCUCUACUGCAGAAUCCUCACUGCAAACUGCAGAAACUCCAGAUUAAUGACGAUGAUCUAACGAUGGAGAGCUGUUCAGCUCUAUCUGAAGUUCUGAGAUCAGGAUCCUCCGGUCUGAGAGAGCUGGACCUGAGCAACAACAACCUACAGAACUCUGGAGUAAAGAAGCUCUGUGAAGGACUGAAGAAGAAAGAGUGUAAACUGGAGGUUCUAAGAUUAUCAGAUUGUGGUGUAGGAGAGAAAGGCUUUGCUGCUCUGGCUGAAGCUCUGAGAUCAAACCGUUCAUACAUGAAGGAGCUGGAUCUCAGAGGGAACCAUCCUGGACAAUCAGGAGUGCAGAAGAUCUGUACCGUAUGUAAGGCUGGAUGGUUAAACUGGACAAAUGAAAUUAAACUGAGAUUUGAUAAACCAGUUGGAUCUACACAUCCUGGACAAGGCCAAAAUAAGCCUGAAGAUCAGCAGACUCCUGAACCUGGCAGCUUCUCUUCAUCACAAAAACCAGCAAAAUAUAAAGAAACUCAAAACACAGAUCAGGGGGAGAGUUUCUCAUCCACUUCAGACAGUAAAAACAAACUGUACACUGAACCGAGACAAUUCAACAAAACUCUUGCUGAUAUUAAGCUUCAGGUGAUUUUCACUGCACCUUGUAGUGAAGCUCUCGAUCAGUCCUCUGUACUCCUCCUCGUUGUCCCUGGUGAUACAUCCAACAAUGGAGGAGUCAUUGGAGAACUUCUGGAGGUGGCAGGAAGCAGAGUUAGUAUCAGAGGUGUAUACCAUGAAGAGGAAUGGUGGUAG